AUGUUGUCAAGAUUAGCACUGCAAAAAGCAUUGGCAACACGUUUGCCCGCACUAACACGUGUCCAAGCAUCGUCAUCGGCGAUUGAACCUCAAAGACGUACUCGUCCACUUCACCCGGACCCAGUUCGUCAUGGAUUCAUUCCAGAGGAAUGGUUCCAAUUUUUCUACAACAAAACUGGAUACACUGGUCCAUACAUGUUCGCCUUGGGACUGUCAACAUACCUGGUAUCCAAGGAAUUUUACGUGAUGGAGCACGAGUACUAUACCGGUAUCGCGUGUCUGGUGAUGAGUAUCGUCGUAGUGAAGAACGCCGGUCCUCCUAUGGCCAAGUACUUGGACGCUGAGAUGGACAAGGAUGAAGAAGCGGCCAAGAGGACCCGUACUGACACCGUUGAUGCCUACGAGCAGGCCAUUGAGCACGAGAAAAAAGAGCAAUGGAGGUCUGAAGCUCAGCAGAUGAUCAUGGAUGCCAAGAAAGAGAAUAUUAAAACUCAGAUUGAAGCUUCUUACCGGGAGCGCGCAUUCACUGUUUAUAAUGAGGUGAAAAAACGAUUGGACUACCAAUUGCAAAUUGCAAAUGUCGAGCGCAGAAUUGCCCAGAAACACAUGACUCAAUGGAUAAUCAACAACGUGGUGAAAUCAAUCACACCAGAUCAAGAAAAAGCAGCUUUGCAACAGUGUAUCAGCGAAUUACAAUCCCUCGCUCCGCGAUCAUAA